CCCAAUACCGAGACCUCUAGAUAGGACUUCAGAAAGGCGUUUGGCUCCGGAAUUAUUUGGGUCUGGGCUCUCAGGGGAGGGUAGUACCUGGGUCUCAGGGAGGAUGGUGGCUGGAUCUGGGGUCUCAGGGGAGGGUAGUGUCGGGUCUGGGGUCUCAGGGGAGGGUAGUGCGGGGUCUCUGGAGCAGAGCUUGCUGGAGUCAGUUGCCUUCCCUCCCAAGGGUCUCUUGUGACAAGCCUAUCUGUGCCAUGUGCCAUGAUGGUGCUGUGGGCACUCGCUCUGGACGCUGCCAGCCCACCUAACAUCGUGCUGAUCUUUGCUGAUGAUCUGGGCUAUGGGGACCUGGGCUCCUACGGCCACCCCAGCUCCACCACCCCCUACCUGGACCAGCUGGCCGCAAGGGGGCUUCGGUUCACAGACUUCUAUGUGCCAGUGUCUCUGUGCACACCCUCCCGGGCCGCCCUCCUGACCGGCCGACUCCCAGUUCGGAUGGGCCUGUACCCUGGAGUUCUGGAGCCUGGCUCCCGAGGGGGCCUACCCCUGGAGGAGGUGACACUGCCUGAGGUCCUGGCUGCCCGAGGCUACCUCACAGGGAUGGCUGGCAAGUGGCAUCUUGGGGUGGGGCCUGAGGGGGCCUUUCUGCCCCCCCAUCAGGGCUUCCAUCGAUUUCUGGGCAUCCCCUACUCCCAUGACCAGCCCCCCUGGCUGCCUGGACUUGAGGCGCGCUAUGUGGCUUUCGCUCGCGACCUCAUGGUUGAUGCCCAGCGCCAAGGCCGCCCGUUCUUCCUGUACUACGCCUCCCACCACACCCACUACCCCCAGUUUGGCGGGCAGAGCUUUGCCGGGCGUUCAGGCCGCGGGCCAUUCGGGGACUCCCUGAUGGAGCUGGAUGCGGCUGUGGGGGCCCUGAUGACGACCCUAGGGGACCUGGGACUGCUUGGAGAGACACUGGUCAUCUUCACUGCAGACAAUGGCCCGGAGACCAUGCGAAUGUCCCACGGCGGCUGCUCUGGCCUCCUGCGGUGUGGAAAGGGAACUACCUUCGACGGGGGUGUCCGGGAGCCUGCCGUGGUCUUCUGGCCAGGCCACGUUGCCCCUGGCGUGACCCAUGAGCUGGCCAGCUCCCUGGACCUACUGCCCACCCUGGCAGCCCUGGCUGGGGCCCCACUGCCCAACGUCACCUUGGAUGGUGUUGACCUCAGCCCCCUGCUGCUGGGCACUGGCAAGAGCCCCCGGCAGACUCUGUUCUUCUACCCGGCCUACCCAGAUGAGAUCCGCGGCGUCUUCGCGGUGCGGAGCGGGAAGUACAAGGCCCACUUCUUCACCCAGGGCUCUGCCCACAGCGACACCACGGCAGACCCUGCCUGCCAUGCUGCCAACCCCCUGACUGCCCAUGAGCCCCCACUGCUCUUUGAUCUGUCUGAGGACCCCGGUGAGAACUACAACCUCCUGGGGUGUGCGGCCCAGGUCACCCCAGAGGCCCUGCAGAUGGUGAAGCAACUCAAGCUGCUCAAGGCCCAGUUUGAUGCGGCCAUGACCUUCAGCCCCAGCCAGAUGGCCCGGGGCGAGGACCCUGCCCUGCAGGUCUGCUGUCGGCCGGGCUGCAGCCCCUGGCCAUCCUGCUGCCACUGCCCAGAGCCCCAGCCCUGAGGGCACUGGCAGAGGCCACCUCAGGCUCUUCACCACGAGGCGUGUGGUGGCCAUUGCUGGCGCACUGGUGUGGACUUGGUUUGUACCCGGUGACUGAAUAACACCAGCUGACACCAGGUAUGCUAAUGCAUCUAAUCCCUGUGACCACCGGAGGCAGGUGUAUUCUGCCUGUGUCACAAAGGAGGAAACAGGCGUGGCGCAGUCAGUGUCUUGUCUGAGGUCGUCAGCCAGUAAGAGGUUGGUCUGGGAUUGGACCCAGGCGCCCAGGCUCUGGGAGCCACCCCACUGCUUGGCGAUGGGCGUGUCCACUCAUGGGAGCUGUGCUGAGUGCCUUUGUGCCAGGAACGGGGUGGGGGGAGUGCAAGUGCGUGGUGGACAGAAGACCCCAAGGUGAGAGCAGCUGUGAGAGCCAGGUUUUCCUGGAGGCCCAAGGCCAGACCUGCCUGGCUCUUAUCAGGAACCUGGCUGCAGGUGGGUGAUGAGCUGCAGGGUCCAGGUGGGGACAAAGGGGCUGAGCCCGCCAGCUUCAAGGAAGGCAGGUCAGCAGCUCUGAGACAGCCCUCCAGUCCCCAAAGCUCUGUAUUGCUGGCCUGCACACACUUCUGUCCCCUGGCUUCACCUUUGACCCUGUGUGAGCCAUUCUCCACCUGGCAGACAAAGUGAUCUCUUAAAAACAUGUCAGGGGCCGGCCGAGUGGCGCAAUGGUUAAGAACUGGCUUGGGACGCCAGAGGACCCCGGUUUGGAUCCCACAUA